UCCGCCCGCGUACACCCGCGUCCCCAAGUGUUCAGUAGUGUCCGCAAGUGUCCGCGCGUAUUCGCAGUGUUCCGUUGCGCUACGGCCAGCAAUGCUGCCAUCACGCUGGCUGCAUUGAAUACACAUCGCCAGAUAUGCUACAGUCUUUAUUACAGCCAAGAGAGAAUCAACGACCGAAAAUGAUCGGUGCGAUGCCAGCAGUAGCGGUCCGGCAUGAGCGGCGGCGCAACGAGAAGCGCGGCCGGCGCCCGUCCCAGCUGCCGCUACAGUUGGCGCGCCUGGACGACGCCACGCCCUCGCCCGACCACCGCCUGCGCGACGAGCUAUACGUGUGCGGCAAGGUGGCAGGACUGUACGCGAUCGUGGGAUCUCUCCUCCUGGGCAUAGUGGUGCUGGUGGUGGGGCUGGUGCAGCUGUCCCCGGGGGCCGAGGCCGCUCAGCACCGCUACUAUCUGAUGGGGGCUGGCGCAGCGCUCGUGGGGGCAGGAGUGCUGGGAGCUGUAAUGAGAUGUCUCUGCCUGCACUGGUGCAACCUGAUGUUCCAGGAGGAGUACGACGUGCGCGUUCGCUCCACGCAGAAGCACUGCGUCAGCGUGGUGGAGAGCCAGCACAACCAGCGGCAGGAAAGGCCUAAGCUGAAGCCGCAGAUCAGCGUUCAAGAUGUGGACCUCAUCAGGCAACCCUCAGUCGCAAGCGACACCUAAGCCGACCGACCACUCGUAGCGUAACUAACAUCUAGCGAUAAUAUGUCGUGGUACCGCUGGACACAGGGUGUGAAUAAAGUUCUUGCUAAUUCCAAGAGAUUAUAAUUUAAAAUUGUUGGAUAAAUCGCACAGAUAAAAAACUCAACUGCAAUUUGUACUACUACGAUACUAAAUCGUGCCACACUUAUAACCUCAACAUCUGACAGUUAACUUAAAUACAGUUCGCCUAUAAAUUAUAAUCAAAAUGCACUUUGUGCGUAGUUUGCAAUAAUAAUUCAAAUUUGCAAUAAUAAUUCAAAUUCAAAUUCCAUAACCAUAUUCAUAAACCAUAGUUUCAGGUGUGAUACAAUUUGAGUAUCAUAGUAAAAGUUAGUUUUUGCAUAUGUCUGUUGUAAGAUACUUAUUACAACAAAAGUUGCAGGUGAAGAUAGUUAUCGACUCUUGAAAUGAUCAAAGAACUUUUAAAACAUCCUGUAUAAUUCGUAGAAUUAAAGAUAUCUCUAGAGUUUUGUUGAAUUUAUUUUUAAUUACUUCUAAAUAACUUUGAGAAACAUAUUGACGUAGAAUUUUUUAACAUUUACGGACUUUUAGACUUUACCAUUGGAAGCUCAUAAAUUUUGCUUGUAUACUUUCGUAACUUUGACCAAAUCAACAGGCUAUCCCAAACUAAUGCAAAUUUUCGGCGGGAACACUUGCUUGGUAUUUUACAUCGAUGCAUUUAAUAUUAAAUGUCAUUGAAACCGUAUCACAUUGCAAUCUAUGACUACACUGUUCUUUCAGAACUUUUAGGUUUACUAUCACAAAUUGCAGUUAUAAGUAAAUUACUGGUUACCAUUUGAAUUUCUUAGAAUUUCCUAAUGAAUUCAAAUAUGAUCUGUAGUGUCGCAUUACGAAGCAUAGUCAAGUUGAAUUUUGCACAUGUUUGGGUAAGCUCGUCGACUAUACUAACUCGCUGAGCCAUUUCGAGAAGUAAGUAAAGAAUGCCAAGUGUUAGAUUUUCUACCUACGUUUACCUUUCGAUCGCGUAAAAGUUAUCUACGAUGUAUAUGUAAUAGAACAUCUAGUGACAGUACGGUUUCCCAGUAUGGUAACUAGAUUUCCUCAGGUAGAAUAUCUCAUACUUGGCACUCAGCUGGCGUCAUAAAAUUUUAGCGAUAUCUUAUUGACCUACGUAGUUUUUGUGGACAGCGGUCUUUAUAUUUCGAAGUGAUAAUUUUAUCUCUCUUAAAAUAUGGAAAAUAUUUUGUAGUACCUUAAUCGUAUAUUAUUGUAGUAUCCAUACUUGUA